AUGCUUUGCUUUAAGCGUUACUUCAAUGAGCCUUUGCCAAAACAGGACAUAUUUUGUCGUCAACCUGGCACAAUGUGUGGCUACAUAGAAAAAGGAAUUUCGAUGUCGAAGUGGGAAAAACGACUGGCUAUUAUCACUCCGCAAGGCGACCUUAUUAUUUACAAGUACUUCUUACUCGACAUAUGCCCUGGAGAGCCUCUCAUGGGAAAAAUUUACGAACUAGACAAACUUAAAAAUAUGCAAAUUGAAAGAUUUGAGACUGGUGAAAUCACUGUUCGCAUACAAACGAAGGAAGGAAAAAAGGUAAGAUUGAGGCUGACUGGAAAUGAAGCUGCUGCUUGGGCUGCCAAACUCAUCAACAUUCGGGGACCGACCUCAGGCCAUCACAGCCAUCCUCAUGCAAACUUCAUGGACGGGAUGAAUUCAACUCCCAGAAAUUCUGUGUUGCCUUCCAAUCCAGACAUCUCGAUGACAGUCUCGAAGACGUCGCGAUCUGCCUCCAAUCACAGCAAGUUCUCUUACUCAGUUACACUGCACGAUGGUACAGGAUCUACUGAUGAUGGAGUAGUAGCUACAGAGGAAAGUGGGGAAGAUGCUCUUUUGUCUGGAGAUGUGCCGAGCAUUAUAGACUCUGCCAGAUUCGAUGAUCCUGAACGUGCAAGAGGAGGGAAGGUGCAUGGAGAUGUCUCAGAGGUGAUUCACUCCAUUAUGACAACCUCUUCGAAUACGUCCUCCAAUAGAAAAAUGAUCCGAAAACAAGUAGAUGAACUCAUUAAGAAGCACAUAAAAGAAGAGGAGGCAAGAAAAGAGACGGAGUUGUCUCCAUUAGCGAAGAAGGACGCAGCCUUUGCACGACCAAUGAAUGUCGGCGCUAUGAAUCAUAUGGAAACAAACACGUAA